CCCAAUUAAUUGCUUACGAUUACGAGUUUUUUUGUAAAGCCGUCUUUCAGCCGUCAUAAUCGGAGGAAAUGGUUAGAGUUCCGAUGAACAGCCGGAUUCUGACGUUUGACAACCGGGGAUUUGAGUUUUCCGGCGAUGUCGCGAUAAACUUGUCCGGGAAUACGGUCUUCGAGUUUCUUGACGAUGACCAGGGUCAAUGGUCGUCCCCGGGGUCCACGUGCGACGAUAUUUGGGAUGAAAAUGAAGAGGUCGGGGAUGAGGAUGAGAGAAAAGAUAACGUUGAAAGCAUCGCUAACUGUUUCUGGGAAGCUCAACAGCAACUCUUACAAGCUACAUUGUGCAGAACAACUCCCUUAGAGACGAAAAUUAGGACUAUCACAAGAGAAACAAUAAAAAAAGCAAAGGAAGGGGGAGAAUUAUGUAAUUGCGAGAAACCACCACCGGUCAAUGGAGGCUGCCGUAGCUGCCUAAUGAAGGCGGUUUGUAGCCGUCUCCGAGAAGCUGGUUUCAACUCCGCCAUUUGCAAGUCUAAAUGGAUGAGCUCAGAUAUACCCUCAGGUGAACAUACAUUCUUAGACGUGGUAGACUACUCCAACCCCAAAAGGGGAGAGGUGAGAAUCGUGAUCGAACUAUGCAUUCGGAGGGAAUUCGAGAUGGCCAAAGCCGGCGAAGAAUACGAUAAACUGGUGAAGGGGUUGCCGGAAGUGUUCGUCGGAAAACUGGAAAGACUGAUGGCCGUCACAAAGAUUUUGUGCGCGGCGGCCAAGAAAUGCAUGAAGGAGAGGAAAAUUCAUAUUGCCCCAUGGAGAAAGUAUCGGUACAUGCAAGCCAAGUGGCUCAAAACAACCCACCGUACCACGGCGGCUCUAUUGUUCCCCGCCGGUGACUCUACCCGGCGUCCCCGACCGAGAGCGUCGAUGCUCACCGUUGAUCUGCUUGAGAGUUUGCCCAAUCCCCACCGUACAGCAGUUGCAGUCGUGUGAAUUGAUGAGUUAUUUAAUUGAACAAAUUAAUUAAUAUCUUAGCAGUCGUGUGAAUGAGUUGCGGAGUAUUUACUUAUUUAAUUGAUCAAAUUAAAUUUGUUCUUGUACUUGAUUACUUCUAUAAGUGUAUACCUACUUUCGUUUUCCGUUAUUAUUAUUACUCCUUCCGUCCCUAUAUAGAAGUAUUCAUUCGUUUUCCACACAUUUUCAGAAAGUGACACUGUUUGACACUGUUUGAC